UGCUUUUUGAUACGCUUCUUUCCAUCCCUCAGAGAUGAUUUUUACAAGACCAUCUUCACACAUUUAUUACCGCUCUGUUGAGCGCUUUCAAACAGUCCUGAUUCAUAAGCACCGCUGUACUUUGAUGCCACUGGAGAAAGUGAUAGACGCAUUUGAAAGGAAUCUAUUUGGCACUUCAGCUCUUUUGUCAGUCUUUUCCCACAGAGAAAAAACAACAACAGAGGACAGGUUUUCUUUGUAUUUCCUUUCUCAUGUUCUCCACCCUUAGUUCUUUCUCUUUCGACCUUUUUUGCUGUGUCCAGGGGAAUCAUUACGGUUUUGCUGAAUAUUUUAUACACCUCAAUCCUGUCUUUUUAUUCACCUGACAAAUGCCAUCCCUUACCUGCCAAAGGCUUCCGGAAAUAAAAUACAUGCUGCUGUGGAUACACCUGGAAGUCGGCCCAUCAGUCUGUUUAAACAAGUAUUGCUGUCAUCUCUUGAGUGCAUGAAACACGUAUUUUAUUGCUUUACCCCAUGAAAUUAAUUAGUGUUCUUAUUAUUACCUUCCAUUUCGUCUUCUUUCCUCUGCUGUCCUAUCUUUCCCUCACAUCCCCUUCUCUUUUCUCCACCCAUACACUGUAAAAAAAUAAUUGUCGGUUUUAGUUGUUUCAACUUAUUUUUAUUUGUAGACACAACAUUUUUUUUAUAAAUUGUUGAGACAACAAGAAAAUGUAAGUUUCUUGGUUCUUAACUAGGGUGAAAGUUGAAUUAACGAGCACAAUUGUUGUUUAAACUAAAAAAAAAAUGCUUCUUGAAACAAUCGCAUCAUAUAAGUAUCGCGAGAUUGAAGCAGAUCAAGGAUCUCCUGCACGUCUCUCAGUUUCCCGCCUUGGUGACCCUGACAGACAUUCUUCUCUCUGCAUUAACGAUGAGUUUUUAAUUAGUAUUAUUUCACAAUGGUUUUAACUAUAUUGUAAACUAAUCUUACCACCCCGCGCGUUUACUAGGCUAGUAGCUUGCCGUGUUUGCUCAGCUCAGUCAGCCAAAAUGUUUAUGAUAUCCAAUCAAAUCAAAGAAGGUGGGAGUUGCUGUUUACAGAAGUUUGAGGAAAUUCUGUUAAUGGUAAACAAGUGCAACCUACGAUGUAAUUAGCAACGCAUUUAACUUGUUUUACAAUAGAAAUGUUCAGCAACUUCCAUAAAUACAGUUAAUUAUUGUUCCCUUUCUGUCGGUCUCUCGACGUUGUGUCGAGCCUACAGAUGGGGUUCGCUCUUGAGAAUCUAUCAACUUCUGACUAGUUUAGAAAAGGCCAAUGAAAUUGGUGAAUGAAAUUUGCAUGCCGGACUCCGCCCCCGGAUAUCCGGGUAUAAAAGGGAGACGGCGUGCUGCAUUCAUUCACCUUUUGUUCUUCGGAGCCUUCACAGUGAUUGACUUCGAGACUUCAAUCUCUAUGCCGAAUUACUGCUGGAAUCUUAUGACGUGGUGCAGCGGAUGGUCCCUUCCUGCAGCGACUUCCCCUGGGCGUCUCGGCAGUUUCAGAAGUAUUCAAGUUUUUUUCUCUAAAAGAGCAAAUCUCUCCAGCGUGGCAUGUCCCGCUGUUCUCAUGGGUGCAACACACUCAUUGAGGAGGGGGACGGACAUGAUGUCUGCUUCCAGUACGCUGGGGCAGACGUUGUGGAUACGUCCUGCCUGCACUGCGGGCGGUUGACGAUUCAGAUGUUGCAUCACAGGUGGCUGUGUUCCCACGGGACUCAGCCACCACCUCGUCUGCUCCCCGUUCCAUGACGGCAGGACUACGCCCUCCGGCUCUGGCGCCCCCCACUCAGGCAGCCCCCCCGGAAGAGACACCGAAGAGGAGACCAUCGCCCCAUCAGCAGCCGCGGCGAAAGCGGCCCUCAUGGGAAGACCCCAGGGAGAUCGAGAAUAACAUCAGGCCCGACCCCAGCCACUCCAUCGCUGGGGGAUCGGAGAGGGACGGUUCCUACCCCGUCUCACCACCUGCUGGCCCCCUCCGGGGGGCUAGCGCCCACUUACUCACAAAGAGAGCUUCCUCUCUCUCUGGGUCAUUACAGCCGCUCCCACUCUCGGCACGACGAUGGCGAAGCACAACGUUGAGUAUAAACACCAGCCCUCAGCAUUCUCAAUCAGACAGUGCGUUGAGCUGCGCAAUCGCCAGGCAGGAAAAACAGCAGAGCCAAUCUCCUCCCCGGGGGCCCUCCCCCGGCAAGGGAUCCGUAUUGCUGGCCAUCGAACCACCCCCCACGGGCGAUGAAGCAGAUCAACCCCCUAGUCCCCCUGUCUCGGUUCCUGGGAGCUUGGCUCAGCUUCCCAGGCCGUCAGGCUGGCUAGGGAGGACGAUCCGUCUCGGCUACGCGAUCCAGUUCGCCAGACGCCCUCCCAAGUUCGGGGCAUCCUCUCUACCUCAGUCAGAGGUGGGGAUGCGCCCGUGCUUUGGGCCGAGGUUGCCACCCUUCUGGCGAAGGGAGCGAUCGAGCCCGUCCUACCAGUCGAGAUGUUCAACGGGUUUUACAGCCCGUACUUCAUUGUCCCAAGAAAGGCGGGGGGCUGCCCCCCAUCCUAGAUCUGCGUGCCCUGAACAAGCACCUACACAAGCUGCCGUUCAGGAGGAUCACGCAGAAGCGCAUCCUGACGUCUGUCAGAUGUCAGGACUGGUUCGUGGCAAUCGACCUGAAGGACGCGUACUUUCAUGUCUCGAUCCUCCCUCGACAUCGGCUGUUCCUACAGUUCGCUUUCGAGGGGCGGGCAUGUCAGUACAGGGUCCUCCCCUUCGGUCUGUCCCUGUCUCCACGUGUCUUCACGAAGAUCGUGGAAGCCGCCCUCCUUCCCCUCAGGGAAAGAGGUGUGCAGAUACUGAACUAUCUCAACGACUGGCUCAUCUUGGCACACUCGCGAGAUCUGUUGUGUACACACAGGGACCUGGUGCUCGGUUGGGGCUACAGGUCAACUGGGAAAAGAGCAAGCUCUCCCCCGUGCAGAGCAUCCUCUUUCUCGGUAUGGAACUCGACUCGGUCUCCAUGACAGCGCGACUGACUACAGAGCGCGCCCAGUCAGUGUUGAACUGCCUGAAGGUUCUCAGGCAGUCAGCGGUGCCCCUGAAACAAUUUCAGAGGCUCCUCGUAUACAUGGCAUCCUCGGUGGGGGUGGUCCCCCUCGGGUUGAUGCACAUGCGACCGCUCCAACACUGGCUGCAGAGUCGGGUUCCUUGGAGAGCGUGGCACACCGGCAGCAGGCGUAUGGUCAUCACGCCUGUCUGCCGAUGCACCCUGACCCCCUGGUCUUCCAUGACCUUUUUGCGGACAGGAGUCCCCCUAGGGCAGGUGUCAAGGCACGUCGUGGUGACGACGGAUGCCUCCCUGCAGGGUUGGGGUGCAACGGGCAUGCAGUGUCGGGGCGGUGGACGGGCCCCCGCCUGCGUUGGGGGGACAUCCGGGGAGGAGCCCGGCAUGCAAAUUUCAUUCGCCAAUUUUCAUUGGCCUUUUCUAAAUACUCAGAAGAUGAUAGGUUCUCAAGACAAAGCCCAUUCUGUCGGUUCGACACAACGUCUCGUUCCCUCCAUCAGGGAACCGAGGUUACAUCCGUAACCAAGACGUUUUCUUUUAUUGCACUUAUGCUUUUUGUUGUCCUUAUGUUGUUCCAAUUGCUUCCAUUGUUUCCCUCAUCUGUAAGUCGCUUUGGAUAAAAGCUUCUGCUAAAUGAUUAAAUGUAAUGUAAAUGUAUUAUUUUGAAGAAAAUAGACCCUCUGUUCUAUGGAUUCUGGAUGACAGUUGAAUGAAGAGGACAUGCAAUCUCUGCUCUCGUAGUUCAUCAAAUCAGUGUAUAAUAACAAGGCAUUAUACAUCAAAGUCACUACAACAAGUUGUGUCCCUUACCUUGUUUUUAUGCCGACUGAAGGCAAAUUGACUUGAAAAAUCAUUUAUUUAGGCAGCAUGGGACAUCACAAGAUUCAUUAUCGCUAUUAGUCCGUGUCUACACCGGAUGCGGUGCGAUGCGACAAGAGACAAUAGAACGUAUUAGAACCCAUUAUACUUUUAAAUUUUGUCCACACCGGACGUGGCGCGGUGCAACGCAACAAUCCCAUUAGAACAAGUCGUGUGUCACGUCGCGUCAUGUCCGGUGUAGACAUGGUGUUACUCUGUCUUUCUCAUUUUAAUUUUGUAAUGGUUUUUGAGUUUGUCAUUUUUGUUUUUUAGAUUGUUGCUGAAUUCAGCCAGCUGAUGUCCGCUGACCUCAUGAGGUCCUUUUAUAGUGGCCUAGAUGUACAUUUGCCAAACAAAAUCCUACUGUGGCUUGAUGCUAAUCCAACUGAUAAAAUGAUUUUCUUAGAGGCAUUCACAUGGAUAUUUUGAUUGUAAGUGAGGAGCUACGCGAAGACGUCUUUCCAAAGGAAAUAAAUGAAAUCUCGCCAAUUCUUGAAGAAUGUCAGGUUCUUACUGAUAUCUCGGAUGUCCCCAAGGCUUUUGGACUCCUGAUGGGUUUACUUUAUGCUGUGAACAUUGACUACCCCAAACACCCCAAAAGUAAGCCUUUGAGGCUAUGCAAAAACACAUAAUGAACAUUGGAGGAAGCAGCUGGUCUUCAUGUGUGCAUGGUCUCUGCAACAAGUUGCUACCUAAAAGUAACUUUUUUAAGAGAAGUUUCUGGGUUUUGUAUACCUUUUGCAAAUGUUGUAAUGUUGGGUCAUGUUUGUUUACACAUCUCAUGUGAACGAGUUUAUUUAAAUAGACACAAUCUCCUAAGAAUAUUAUACAGUAAUUACAUGUUGUAAUUCAUAUUUUAAUACAGUUUGAUGUGCUAGUUUUUCUUCACUGUAAAAAAAAACAAAUUUUGAAGUGCAACCAAAUUGAUUUUACAAGGCAGUUGAAAUGGAAAGUAAACAGUAAAAUAAGUUUGUUAUGUAAUAUAAUAGUAAAAUAUCAGAUUGAAAUGACUUGUAAAGUCAGUUUGAUUGCAAAAAUGUUGUGCCGAUGAAGUUAACACAAUGCAAAAAUGUUUGUCAUCUUAACAAAAAAAUGUAAGGCAGUGGGGUACAAAUGUGCUUAAGUUGACUCAUUGAUAAGUUAAAAUAACAAAUACAUUUGUUGUCUGAACUAGAAAAUAAUACUUAAGUCAACUAGGAAAAAUAAUUAAAAGGACUAAUUUUAAAAGGUUGACUCUACUUUGAAGGUAAGUUAAUACAACAAGAAAUUUAUAGUCAACUUAACAAAACAUUUUAAGGCAGCGGGGUAACAAUGUUUUUUGUGUUGACUCAACAAAUUGUUUUUUACAGUGUAUUAAUCCAACCGAAAGCAGUUCUGACAAUAGUAGUACUGAAAACACAGAGUUAUUGAAUACCUAAAUCUAGUCAGUCAGACGAAAUUCUGUGUUUUUCAGCUGAAUGUCUUCAUAUUUAAUUUAAGUGUGUGGUAAUGUUUUUCUCUACAGGUGUGAGCUUUUCUAAAGCAUUGCCUACGGGUAGUGUGCUCUCAAAAUAAA